CAUUUUUGGUAUUGUGAUAUUUCACAUUUAAUGCUAGCUUAACAUUAGAGUAAAGUUACAGUUAACCUACAUUGUAAAAUUUAUGAAUGAUCUUAUGUACCAUGAACCAGGACAUUUUGAGAAGCAGGAGCAUCAUGGACCACAUGUCCUCUCCGGUCAGGUUCCGCAGCAGUAAAAAGGCUACAACUUUUUCAGAAAACGAGUUGUCCAGUCUGUCCAUUGAGGACCAGGAGGACACUCAGUUUCCUUUCGCGAUGAGGGAUCUGCCUCCUGUCUCUCAGCCUGAAGAAGAGCACCAGACACUAGACCACCAGCUACCAGUCCCCCAUGAGGUAGAGGGAACUGAGACAGCAACCAAUGGGAGACUGCCCAGCCUUCCCAGGACUCCCCCUGUGUCCCAUCCCAUCCCCUGCCACCCUGCUGUCUCCCCGACAGUCCCUCACAGACCAAAUCGCGUGAGACCGGAUGCAGCGUUUCAGCCCAUGCCACUGAGGAGGCAGCUUGCCUCUCAGGUGUCUAUGGACUGUCCACUCAGCCCUGUCUCCCGUCCACUCAGCCCCUGGGGACGCUUCGACCCCUACGACUGUCAAGAGGAUCAGGACAAGGAGUAUGUGGGUUUUGCCACAUUGCCCAAUCAGGUUCAUAGAAAGACAGUAAAGAAAGGUUUCACAUUUACGCUAAUGGUGGCAGGGGAGUCUGGCCUCGGUAAAUCCACACUUAUCAAUAGUUUGUUCCUCACGGACCUCUACAAAGACAGGAAGGUUCCUAAUGCACAAGAACGGAUCAAUCAAACAGUCAACAUCGUCAAACACGCAAUAAGCAUUGAGGAGAAAGGAAUCAAGUUGAGGCUCACCACCAUAGACACACCAGGUUUUGGAGACGCCAUCAACAACACAGAAAGCUGGAAACCAAUAGAAGACUACAUCGAUCAGCAGUUUGAACAGUACUUCAGAGAUGAGAGCGGGUUGAACAGAAGGAACAUCCAGGACAACAGAGUCCACUGCUGCCUCUACUUCAUCUCCCCAUUUGGCCACGGUCUUCGACCUCUGGAUGUCGAAUGUAUGAAGGCCUUGCAUGAAAAAGUCAACAUAAUUCCUGUAUUGGCCAAAGCUGACAGCAUGACACAAGCAGAGGUUUGGAGAAAGAAGAUGAAGAUCAGAGAGGAGAUCAAGCAGUUUGGGAUCAACAUCUACCAGUUUCCCGAGUGUGAUUCAGAUGAAGACGAAGACUUUAAGAAACAGGACCAGAUACUGAAGGACAGCAUCCCGUUUGCAGUAAUUGGGAGUAAUGUUCAGGUGGAGAAUAACGGUCGCAAGUUUAGGGGUCGUGUCUAUCCCUGGGGUGUUGUGGAAGUGGAGGACCCUGCUCACUCGGACUUCUUGAUACUGAGGAACAUGCUGGUGAGGACGCACAUGCAGGAUCUGAAGGACGUGACGCGGGAGACGCACUAUGAAAACUACAGAGCACAGUGCAUCCAGAACAUGACGCGCAUGGUGGUGCAGGAGAGGAAGCGCAGUUUGCGUGAAAAGUAUCGAGAGGUGAGUGAGGCGGAAUUUCCGCUGCCGCUGGCCCCCGUUGACACCGAGACAGAGAGACAAAUCUUUGAGAAGGACGAAGAGCUGAGGAGGAUGCAGGAGGUGCUGGAGAGGAUUCAGGACCAGAUGCGGCAGAGCCAGAGAAGUGGCUGCUGAUUCUCCCAUAAUUCCCUGGGAGAGGAGACGAGUGCCCAGGAACACAGAGGAGGUGCUGUUUAUGAAGCCGGACGAUCAAAUACAGAUGGAACUUGUAUAAAAAGGAUAUCAGCCAUAUUGCAUUCAGUUCUUUAUCUGAUUGCUGUUCCCCAGGACAACGUCAGUCAGCAAAACAGUGAGCGAGGCUGGAAUCAUGGUUCUCCGACAUAAAACGUUUCUGUGGGUUUACACAGAAAGGGGUGAUAUGGGUAAUUGUGGAUUACUCAGGCUUCUAAAGGAGCAUCCAGCAAGCUGAUUGCCUGAUCCAACUCCUGUCAGAAGGAAGAAACAUGCGUGAACUUUACACUCUGUACAAGUAUAAAAUACAUUGGCCCAAUCCCAAUCUCCACACUCACAGACUCAGAGAUCUUUAGACACGUUCCUGGUAAGUCCGUGAGGGCUUAGGGCUGUCCCACUGUUAAAUUGUCAAGUGCAUCAGGUCUGUUGCAGACAUUUUGAGCCCUUUUUACACACUUACUGUAAGUCUACAUUUCUGCAGACUUUGCCUGAGGGAAUAACGCACAGUUCACAGCAUUGUGACGUUAAACCAGGGGAAGCCCAGAGGUGUUUAAAAAGGUAAACAAACAUACAAGGAGCAGCUACAAGAAAAACGAAAUGUACAUCUAAGUGUAUGAUGCUAUUUUGAUAAAAACGAGCAAAUUGUUUGACAAUUACCUCUCAUCUACUCUGUAAGGGAAGAUCCUGGAAUACGUUCAAAUCAGGCAGUCUACCAAGUGCCUUGGCCGUGAGGAAAGUAAAACACGUAAAUAAACAGUCCCAAACCCACAAUUGGACGUAACAUGUCACAAAGUGCUCUCCCAUAAUACAAAUUUGGGCCCUUGCAACCUCUCGCACUCAAGCACAUACCAGGUUAUGUCCACUAAGUCUGUAAGGGUUAUUGACGGGAGUUACAGCUCUUUAAAGGGAGCUGAAUGUUAUGGUCUGUUCCUUUCCCAGAGUCAGGACUUUCUGUUCCCAAAUGGCUCUUCAUGUAAUACCACUUCUGUUGUUACAUUUGUUGCAAGAAAUAAAUAUGCAAGAGGGAAGGUAUCGGCUCUCAGACGGGACUCAUAGAGCUCGUUCGCGACUGACACAUCACUAGUGAGAGUACAGGGUUCUGGGUUUAAAGUGGAGUUUGGGAUUGGGUCUUAGUCACGCUAAACUCCCGGGCAUGUUUAUUUACAUGCAGCUAGGAGAAGCAUGUUCCAGCCUUAAGCAGCAACAGGCUCAAUGGUGUUCAAGAGCACGCCAGAAGGUCACAGGUGGGUUGAUUCUGUGAUUUUCAGGUAUGAGUGACUCUAUCCAAAGACAGAGUUGUUCUGCUGUUACAAUUAAUUUGUUUUAUUACUGUGUUUCAGGACGUCUCCUUGAUUAGUAAUCUUGAUAAGAUUUAACACUGCCAUCUAGGGAUCAUUGUUAUUGUUGAUGUUAGCGUUGGGUUUUUAUGUAAACUUUAUUUUUCAUGUUUUAUUACUUGAGUCAAGUUUUUUUUUUUCCUUUUUGCAUUUUUAAUGUUGCUGUUUC